AUAGCGUUCCAGAAUAACGCAGACAGCAAUUCCAUUCAAUUCAAUUCAAUUUGAAAGCGGAACCCAAAGGGAAGAGUAAUUAUUCUUUUGUCUUUCAUGGCGCUUGCUGCUGCUUCUACUGCUUCUGCGAUUUCUGCUUCUAAUGUGCAACAUUUUGCCGCUACCUCUGAACCUAAAGCUCCACGAAUCGGUUCUGUUCACCUGUUGAAUCGGCCGCACAUUGCCUCCGUUGGACUCAAUUACUCACCAAGAGGAUCCAAACGGAAUGCUUCUCUUGUCCCUCUCGCAGCGAAUACCAUUACUGCUGAGGUGGCAGAGAAAGUGGAGACGGUGGAGGACUAUAAUGGAUUAGCCAAAGACCUUGAAAAUGCGUCCCCUCUGGAAAUUAUGGACAAAGCCCUCGAGAAAUUUGGGGAUGACAUUGCGAUUGCAUUCAGUGGCGCAGAAGAUGUUGCAUUGAUUGAGUAUGCUCGUUUGACUGGUCGACCAUUUAGGGUGUUUAGCCUAGACACUGGGAGGUUGAAUUCGGAAACAUAUAAGUUCUUUGAUGAGGUGGAGAGACAUUAUGACAUUCAUAUCGAGUACAUGUUCCCAGAUGCUGUUGAAGUUCAGGGAUUAGUUAGGAACAAAGGGCUGUUUUCAUUCUAUGAGGAUGGCCACCAGGAGUGCUGCCGAGUAAGGAAAGUGAGGCCUUUGAGGAGGGCCCUAAAGGGGCUCCGAGCAUGGAUCACCGGACAAAGAAAAGACCAAUCUCCUGGAACUAGGUCUGAGGUUCCUAUUGUUCAAGUUGAUCCUGUUUUCGAGGGGUUGGAUGGUGGCAUUGGGAGUCUGAUUAAGUGGAACCCUGUAGCCAACGUUGAUGGUAGAGACAUAUGGAACUUUUUGAGGACCAUGAAUGUGCCUGUGAAUUCCUUGCAUUCUCGAGGAUACGUCUCAAUUGGAUGUGAGCCGUGCACAAGGCCUGUCCUCCCAGGGCAGCAUGAAAGAGAAGGAAGGUGGUGGUGGGAGGAUUCCAAGGCCAAGGAAUGCGGUCUUCACAAAGGAAACCUUAAACAGGAAGCUGUUCCCCAGCUCAAUGGCAAUGGAAAUGGAGCUCUUCACGUAAGUGGAACUCCCACAGUUAAUGACAUCUUCAACUCCCAGAACUUGGUGAACCUUAACAGAACUGGAAUAGAAAACUUGGCCAGACUGGGGAACCGGAAAGAACCUUGGCUUGUUGUUCUCUAUGCACCGUGGUGCCAGUUCUGCCAGGCUAUGGAAGGGUCAUAUGUUGAAUUGGCUGAGAAGUUGGCAGGGAGUGGAGUGAAAGUUGGAAAGUUCAGAGCCGACGGUGAGCAGAAGGAGUUCGCCAAACGAGAGUUGCAGCUAGGCUCCUUCCCCACAAUACUCUUCUUUCCCAAACACUCAUCUAACCCAAUCAAGUACCCAUCGGAGAAGAGGGAUGUUGACUCGUUGAUGGCUUUUGUGAAUGCCCUACGAUGAUAUAUUACAUAUAGCAAAGGAAAAAUCAAGUCCUAAUAGAUACACAUUGAUCGCCAUUAUCCAAGUGGAAAAAACUCACACAGGCUCCAAUCUUGUUGGGUUCUGUAUUCAUCCGAGGAUACUAACCGUUAACCACCACCGGGAUGGACGUUGAGAUUGAAAUCAAAACUUGGGCAUCUUUUUGGAGCUUAGAGCUUCUGGUUCUGAAAUUAUAGGCUCAAGUUUUUGUUAUCCGUGGCACGUACAUGUACAAAGAGUCCAAGGAAUAGAUUGUAGAUUGUUUUGUUUGAGGAUUUGUCUGGUCUCGGGUCUCUUUUGGUUGUAAUGAUCUUCGUUUGUGCAAUAGUUGGGCUUCAUGUUU